CACUGCAAAAGGAGGAGCUACAGAGGCCCGCCUGACAAAGCUCGGUGCGCAGAAGAUUGGUGACCAGGAAGAAGAAAAGCGCUGGGGACUGAGGGAGGGGACAGGCGCCGUAUGUGCACCUGGUUGCCAUCUCCCCUACGCCGCUCGUUGUCCAAACAAGCCUGCAGUUGAGGCCCUCAUGGAGGUGGGGGGCUGAACCCUCUUUCCUUCCCUCCAGCUGUCAGUUCUCCCCCGCUGUUAGCAGAGUGGGGCUUUCGGGGGGCGGGAAAAGCAGCGGGUCCCUGGAGCGAGCCAGCUGAGGACUAAGCUGCUUAUGCCGGGCAGGAGCCUGGCAUGAACCUCCUCAGCCGCGCUCCUGCUGCUAUUCACAGGAGGCCGAAGAAAAGCAGCAGCAUCCGCUGUCGCCUGGAUCUGCCAUUGUGUCUCUGAGCGGAAGGAGACUCCCCACUUCCCUUUGGGGAAGAUGGGGAAUUGCCUGAAAUCCCCCACCUCGGAUGACAUUUCCCUGCUGCACGAGUCCCAGUCGGACAGGGCCAGCUAUGGGGAUGGGACUGAGCCGGAUCAGGAGCCGCCGCCGCCAUAUCAGGAACAAGUUCCAGUUCCAGUUUACCAUCCAACUCCUAGCCAGACCCGCCUAGCAACACAGCUUACAGAGGAGGAACAAAUUAGGAUAGCGCAACGUAUAGGCCUUAUACAACACUUGCCGAAAGGAGUCUAUGAUCCUGGUCGAGAUGGCUCUGAGAAAAAGAUCAGAGAAUGUGUGAUCUGUAUGAUGGACUUUGUAUACGGGGACCCUAUCAGAUUCCUGCCAUGCAUGCAUAUUUACCACCUGGACUGUAUAGAUGACUGGCUGAUGAGAUCUUUCACAUGUCCUUCCUGCAUGGAGCCAGUGGAUGCAGCACUGUUGUCAUCCUAUGAGACUAACUGAGCCAGAGUCUCUCUUCUGAUCUGUCAAGGAAACCAUCCACUUUAAUGGGUUUGAUCCUUUGUCAUUCUGCCCAAAGAACCAGGGAUCAGGAAACAAGAUUGUGCACAAUAAAAAGCUCAAAUCCUAACAAUUAAAAAGAAGGCUGAAGGUAUUGAAAGGGGAAGGGGAGAAAACAAGUUUUAGUAUAGCAAAAGUGGGGAGUUAUUUUUAUGUGAAGUCUUGAUCCAGUGCUUAAAAUAGUUGUUUCGUAAGGAAGGCUUGUUAGCAAACCCACCCACAGGAACUGUGUGAAAAGUAACAGCAGAAGUUAAAUUCAGCUGUAUGAACUCAUUCCUCUGAGAAGUUCUCCUGCUCAGGCACCACUGAAAGGAGUGACAAGAGUGCCAAUGUGGGUGAGAAAGAGGGCAUGUGACAGGGAGAUGGUAGAGCAAUAGAGGGAGGCCAGGGUAUUCCUCCACCUAAAGGAAAUAAUUUUUUGUUCAGAUUGCUUCACAAUUUCCUGGUAUUUGGGUCAAUGCUCUAUUUUUUAAAAAAAGGCUACAUUUUAUAACACUGGCACAAAAAUAGUUUUAAGCUUGUUUGCACAAUUCUUUUUUAUCCAUUGGGAAUGGAAUCCAUUUUGCCUUAGGUCUUUUUAAAAUAGUGUAUCUUAUUUUUUAAGGAUUAAAGUUUUGAAACCAGCUUUCAUUUUAUAAUAUGAGCCAUAAAAGUGCUAUAUUUUGUUUGCAGUUAGGAUUAUGUGGACUUCAAAGAGAUCUCCUAGCUUGUAAGCAAAGCUGAGAUGCACUCUCUCUUUUCUAUAUGUGACAUUUUAAUGUGAGGAAGUUAAAGAAAAUCAAACAAACCAGUGUUUACCUUUCUAGUUUUUCUUUCAUUGCUUCCUUUCCAAUUGCAGAAUCCAAAUACUGAUAUUGAUAUUUAGUUUGUCAAGUUAAAAUUGAGCAUAACAAAAUGAAGACAAGAUUAAGUUUACAGCAGCCACCAAGAACCACAUCUGUUUCUACUUUUCUUCCUUCAAAAAGGGUUGUAUUGGACCCUAUAAAAAGGAUACUGCAUCUCUCAUUCUUGUAGGCUUAGGUUCCCAAUAUUAUACUAUGUCUCAGUAUCUGUAUUAAAUGUAUGUUCUAUAUUCUGCUGGCUGGCAUAGCAGUCUUCCUGCCAGAUAUGAAGUAAUCCUUCUGUUUUGUGCAAAAUUUGUAUUUGACCCAGAAUCACAGAGGUGUGAUCAAGUGAGAGAUUGACAGUUGCUAAGGACUGUUCCAAGUAGCUACAUUUCUUCAGUGAAAAGGUAUGUGCUUUGUAGAGACAGUCUUCAAACAGUGUCGUAUUUUUAAAUCCAUGUAGGAGGUGCAUUUUUGUCCUCUUAAAUGUUCUUUAAUGUGACUUCUGUAUGUUUCACUUAAAGCCAAUACACUGAGUAGUCUUUUAGUUUAUGAUGAGAUGCAGUCUCCAGUUAUCAGCAAGAAUCAAGUGCCGUUCUUGAUUGUCCAAAUACAGGUUGUUAAGAUGAAAUACAGGUUGUUAAGAUGAAGUACAAAAGAACUCUAUUCAAGACUGUAUCCAUACACUGUAGAGCAAUUGCAUGUCAUAAAUUUCUACAAGAUAGGUGGUAGAAUGAAAAGAAAAUCUACAUAAUUGAUUAUUUAUUGCCCAUAGAAGAUUCUAUACAAAGCACUUCAGUUGAUUUUCAAAUGUUUCAAUCCAGAAUUUCAGACAAUACACACAGCUCCCAUGCAUAUGGGGACUUCCCCUUUAAUUUGAGGGAUAGGGCACACUGGCAUGUUUAAAGCUGCCCUGUAAAUGAAAUGAAUGGAGAUGUGUUCCAAGUGAGCAUCAGUUCACAUGCCUGAAAAACAUCACAAGAUACUACACAAGCAGAACUGCAUAUCCGUUCUGCUGAAGUCACACAUUGUUGCAGUAUAAAUGGAGUAUUGAUUAUAGGAGACAUACAACAUCAGGCUAAUUUAUGUUACAUUUCCAUUUUUUCACCCCUGAAUUUAUCUGUUCUUAAUUACAGGAAGUAAACUGAGAGAAAAAAUAUGAAGUUGUGCAAUAUUUUCAGUAGUAAAUCAUUGUAUUUUUCUUAUUAUUCCAUGUGUUGUUUUCCAUAAAUGUUGGUGUCUAUCUUGUCAAGUAUUAUAGCCAGACUUCUCUUCUUUUACCUUGGAUUGUUAAAUUGGAAAAAUGAACAAUUUUUUAAACACC